AUGGUCCUCGGCUUGAUUACAAGGGGGGUCGCGAAAAGGGCGUUUUGUACAAAAACCCUUAACUACUACGAUGCCCUUGGGGUCGACGAAGACGCCCCAAGAGACGAAAUUCGCCGGGCUUACCGAAAGCUCGUUUUCCAAACGCACCCCGAUCGUCACCCUGGGGAUGAGUCAAAAGAAGCUCAAUUCAAAAUUGUUACCGAAGCAUUUACCGUUUUAUCUCAUCCCCAAAAGCGAGCUGAAUAUGAUCAGCGCAUACUUAUCAGAUCAGAAGGAUCAGUUGUUUAUAGUUCCAUGAAGUGGCACAGGUCAGAGAGCUACCAGAGUCCGUACAAUCAACACCGCAACUCCCAAGAAGAGACUGUUUUGGACGAGCUCGACGCACUCUUCGCCAAUCUCUCCCGUCAAAGAUCAAACCCCCAGAAAAAUUCCAAAGUUCUGGACAUGUUCGAGAACGGCUUCUAA